AGCGCGGGUCCGGGCUCAGUGAGCGUUCCAUGAGAGGAAAAGGAGAAGAAGGAGGAAGAAGAAGCAAUAUGUAGGUGUGCUGCGGCGUGAGAUGGCUUUCUCCCUUCCCACCAUUACACCUUCGCAGAGCAGAGGAGGACUGGCUCUCUUUUCCAGUCUGGGACCAAGGAACCGGCAGGGCUGCAUAAAUGCCACUCACUGACUCUCCAAGGUACACAUCCACCCGGUAGUUUUCCAACAGAAGCAAAGACAAAAGGCGGCAAAGAAAACCAAGAUGGAAGAGCCGUGGUGGAAAGGGCAACUUGCAAGGGACAUCCAUCAGACCCUGAGGCAGAAGGAGCUGAAACUGCCCACAUACAAGGCUCACUCGCCACAAAUUGGGAUGCGACGCUAUUUUGCUGACCUCUUAGCUGUCCUCAGCAAGCACUAUCGGCUCUGCGCCACAGCCAGGCACCUUGCUGUCUACUUAUUGGACCUCUUUAUGGACCGCUACAAAGUUGAUCUCAAAGAACUGUAUGCCAUCUCCAUUGCUUGCCUCCUCCUUGCAAGUAAAUUUGAAGAGAAGGAGAAAAGAGUGCCAAAGCUAGAACAGUUGAACGACUUUGCUUCCACAUCCCACCUUAACCUGGUGCUAACAAAGAAAGAUCUACUGAAAGUGGAACUGCUGCUCCUGGAAACAUUUGACUGGAAUCUGUGUCUGCCAACACCAGCACACUACAUUGAUUACUACCUCUUUGCCUCUGUUACUGAAAGUGACCUACACAAUGGCUGGGCCUUCACAUCCAUGACCGAAGCCAGAACUUUCAUUAAUAAAUACUUUCAUUAUUUCCUGUCGGUCUCGCUGCAAGACCAUGUUUUCCUCUCCUUCCGGCCUUCUCUGGUCGCCGCUGCUUGUGUGGGUGCCACACGAAUCUGCCUCAACUUCUCUCCUGCUUGGACCCUGCCGCUCCAGGAGCUCACACAGUAUUCCUGGGAGAACGUUACUCCAUGCAUUGAACUCAUGCUUAUAGCCCAUGAGAAGGAUGUCAAAGAAGCCAACAAGGAAAAAGAUCAAGCAACUCUACUAUGGGAGAAGCAGCUUGUGGAAAGCCUGACUUUCCAGACCCCAACACAGGUUCUUUUCCAGCCAUCCAAUUGCCAUCAUCCUCUGGCUCAGCAACACAGCGUCUUCUCACAGUUCUACUCUCCGAUGCAGGAUCUGUUCUCAACUUACCGGCAGUCCUUACUAGCUCCUCAGUCAAGCAGCCUUGCCUCAGGAAGUGGCAGUUCACUGCCUUCAUCCUCCACCGCCAACUCUGAGCCUGUUGGUUUCCAAACCGUGUCCAUUCAAGGGCCUGCAGUCACUAUGCAGGUGGCAGUCUCAGAGGAGCCAAUUCACUGUCUGUCUUUGAUCCUUGGCAGUAGCUAUUUCAGCAGCUACCAUUCGUGCACAGCAGGCUGUCUCGAUGGGCAAAGGAAGAUGGGAGAAAAAGACACUACAGUAGGGAGAGGGGCAUAAUGUCAGUGAAUUGCACUUGCACCCCAGAAGGAAGAGGCUCCGGAGGAACUGUUUGGAUCAAGCAAAUCUAUUAAUAGAAACCUGUUUUAACAACAACAAAAAACUCAAGAACAAGACUUGGAGAAAAUAAAUGCAAAAAUGUAUACCUCACAAUUCAAGAUGCUACUUUUCCAGUGAUACUAUUGAUUGAAAUGGGCUUCUUCCCCCUCUGCUCCCUGGUGCCAAUGAACCGGGCAUCGUGUGAUUUUAAAUUACUACUUUUGGAAAAGGGAGCCAGGAGAAACAUCUGCCAUUAGACUUUUUGCUGCAAAAUGCCUUCCCUAUGAAGCCUGUUUAAAGUUGCUGUUCUGAACAUGUUGACACGUAGCACAGCUUUUCUUUUCAAACGGGAAUAAUCAAUGAAGGAUGCUUCUCACCUUACUUUCACUGGAGCUUGCACAAAGCAAGGUAUUAAACCUAAAUAUCAGCACAAAGAAUUGUCAACUACUUUGGCCUUAAAAUCUCAGGAAAACUAGGGAACCAUCAGUAGACAAAAUGCCACUAGGGUCUCAUGUUCAGUCUUUUUCUUAAAUGCAGUUAGAAAUUACCUCUGCCUAUUAAAUAUGCUGCUGUUUUAAGAAGUCAGUGAUCACUUUUUGGAAAAACAUGGUUUACAGGUUAUAUCAGGGAUUAAUGUUUACUUGAACACACAUCUUUUAAAUAUAUAUAUGUAUUUGAAGGGCUUUCUGUCUUCUAGGGUAACUUGUUAGAUCUUGCAGUUGGAGUCAGUACACCUAACAAAACUGCAAAAAAGUAUAUAAAAGUGUUUUAAAGGGAGCUUUAAAAAUUUGGGGAAUGUCUUAAGAUAUUACUAGAAAACCAGACUUUUUGAAAAAGUCCGGUUUUCUAGCAACACCCGGAUCCUAGCAACACCCAGGAUAGAUGGCAGUGUGUUGCAGUAUGGGGAGGCAGUCGAAUGUAACAUUAUGCUGCACUUUAGUUUAAGCACUAGUAUGCAAAUCAAAAGCCUACUGAUGGCGUUUUUAAAUAUCUUGGUUACUUAAUGGACAAGCUAUUUCUGCUUUUUUGUAUCCAAAGUUUUAAUUCCCACCAUCACCACCCCAAGGUAUCUUCCUGUUCUAAACCAGCAUGGUCUUUGGGAGUGAGUCACAUAUACUGGGCUCCCCUUGUUUCUGUAUCAAUAAGUCCUGAGACAAAGGGAGCUUCUCACAGCAAUAUUUGUGCAGUGAGGGACUGCUCAAAUUUGCCCUCCCUCCUAGACAAAUUUCCUCCUGCAAAUGCCUCCUCAGGGCACCCAAGUUUUCCUCCCUCUUGUCUUGACUUCCUUGUAAAUGAACCUGAUUGAGCGGUGGUUGGAAGAAAGUGGAGGUGAUUUGGGGUGAGGAGGCAUUUGCAGAGCUGGAACUGAGAGAAGGGUAAUCUAUUUAGCCAUUAAAUCCUCGACACGCACAGAUUUGGAGGCCUGUCCUCUUGCCUUGGUUCCUCCUGAUUUUCAUCAAACUCAAUCUCUAUACUUUUGGGAUUGUGGCCUGAACACUUAGAUGUGCUUAAACAUCUCACAGACAUUUUUAGGAUGUCUACUAGAAUGUGAAAUGCUCACUUGAUGUGAGUUGCUGGGUGCCAGUACUGUUUGUGAAAAAGGUUCUCAGGAUUGCAAUACAAACAAUGUGCAAUAUGCUUUUAUACUAGUUAGUUCAAUGUAUGUGCAAAUGUAUAGUGGUGACCGUAAAAGUCAUCCCUUUUGCUUUUUAAGUUAUUUCAUCCUCCAUUUCAGUGGUUCUGAACCUGUGGAUCCCCAGAUGUUUUGGCCUUCAACUCCCAGAAAUCAUAACUGCUGGUAAACUGGCUGGGAUUUCUGAGAGUUGUAGGCCAAAACAUCUGGGAACCCACAGGUUCAGAACCACUGUUUUAGAGAGAGCAUUGUUGAAGAGGAAAUGUGGGGUUGGUUUUUGGAAUGGGAGAAACCUUUCCCUUUCUCAUAGCCUGUAUGAUGAUUGUGAGUUUAUGGUGUCUCUAAAAUAAAUGUUGCCAGCUUGAGCCCCUUGAAUGUAUCGGCCUACAGUGGUUCUCACCCUGGGGUCCAAAGAUGUUUUUGGCCAUCAACUCACAGAAAUCCUAACAGCUGGUAAACUGGCUGGGAUUUCUGGGAAUUGUAGGCCAAAAACAUCUGGGGACUCCAAGUUGAGAACCACUAGCCAACAAGUGCCAUCACUUCCAGCACCAGAUAAAAGUAGGUUGAAGUAGGGAACAGUCUCUGCCAGUGAAACUUUUUAACAAUAUAUGUAAGAAAUCAAAAGGAGGAGAGAAUGGUUUCAUUGAGCUUAUUUGUUGUUACAAAUUUUAAUGGGACAUUUUUGUAUCAAAAAUAAUGCAUGGAGUUGUGUUUUACACUCUUUUUAAUACUUGUGUACAGCCUGAUAUGUACGCGACUGUUUUGAAGCAGACAUUUGUUACCCGAGUGUGUAAAAUUCCACUAGGGAAACUCUUGCCUCCAGUAUGUUCAUGUUGCGAAACCUUUUAGAGAAGUCUUUUUAAAAAAAUGUCUCCAUUUUGAACUCCAUCUGAAGAAAAGUUACUCAAUAAACAACACAGAACACUA